AUGAAGUUCCUCAAGGUCGGCCGUGUGGCAAUUAUCAGCCGUGGAAGAUAUGCCGGCAAGAAGGUUGUGAUCGUACAGCCACAAGAUAAUGGCAGCAAGCUCCACCCCUUCCCUCACGCCCUCGUCGCCGGCAUCGAGCGCUACCCACAGCAAAUCACCCGCCGCAUGAGCAAGACCCGCCAGAACAAGCGCAGCAAGGUCAAGCCAUUCAUCAAGGUCAUCAACUACAACCACCUGAUGCCAACCCGAUACACCCUCGAGCUCGAAGGCCUCAAGGGCGUCGUCACCAACGAGACUUUCACCGACGUCACCCAGCGCGAGGAGGCCAAGAAGGUUGUCAAGAAGGCUCUCGAGGAGCGCUACACCAGCGGCAAGAACCGAUGGUUCUUCACCCCUCUCCGUUUCUAG